AUUAUGGGUGAUACAAAAUUCAUUCUAUCAAUUGAUGGAGGUGGAAUUCGAGGUUUAAUUCCUGCCAAAGUUGUCUCUGAAAUCGAGAAAAGAGUUAAUGAAGAAUUAAAAAAAGACAAUCCAAAUAUUGACUUAAAAUGUGCCGAUUUAUUUGAUGUCAUUGCUGGAACUUCAACCGGUUCUAUACUUGCUUUAGCAUUUGCAAAACCAAAUCCUAAUAAUAAUAAUCGUCCAGAAUACGAUGGUCCUUUCAUGGUGGAUUUUUUCCAAAAACAUAAAGAUGAAGUCUUUCCCAGUUUUUCUCCUUUAACAAUUGCUAGCCAAAUAUUACAUCAUACUGCUGAAAUAUUAAAAAAAUUUCGUGUAUCCAGUAUGACUUCCAGAGUGGCUGACGAAGUCACCAGCGUCGUUAAUCUUGUUAGAAAAGAAACUGUGAAAAUCGAGUCAAAACUUACAAAAUCAAUAAAUAAUGAGGCUAAUGAGACUAAU